AUGGGUCUCAACUACAUGAGCCUACUCACUCCAAGCAAGGCCCCAUUCUACGGCAUUGUGCCCGGAAAUUCUUCUACACUGAUUGGCUCGGUCAACCUUCCAGUCACAUUCGGUACAGAACAAAACUUCUGGACGGAGUACAUCAAGUUCGAAGUAGCAGACUUCGAAUCUUCCUAUCAUGCUAUUCUGGGAAGACCUGCGCUCACCAAAUUCAUGGCAGUUCCACAUUAUGUAUACCUGCUCCUCAAGAUGCCGGGCAAUACAGGAGUACUUUCUCUCCGUGGAGACCUCCUCAAGUCCUUCGAGUGCGACAAGGAAGUGAUGGAUCAUGCUGCCACAGUUCGACUUCCUAGUUCUGUCAGUGAAAUACUUGCCGCUGCUAAGGAACUCUCACUCAAGGAGCCCAUGCCAUCAAAGAAGCCAAGCCAGUCGUCGGUCAAGCCAACCGGAGACGUGGGCACCAAGACUAUCCAGCUACAAGAGGGAGAUGAGUCCAAAACCGCUAUCGUCGGGGCUGGCUUGAGCGACAAAUAG